AGCGCGGUUUGAGACCGGCGUUUUAAAAAUCUGUAAACACUUCCCAACGAGAGAGCAAUUACAGCGGAGUGGGUUAACAACGCUUUGCAUACUGUCCGAAAUAUUUCGUAGAAAAGGCUAGCAUUAUCAAAGCAAAAUGUCCGGUAAAACAAAAUCAAAAAAGGCUGGUUCCAAGAAGAAGGCCCAGAGAGCAACUUCCAACGUGUUUGCCAUGUUCGAUCAGCAGCAGAUUCAGGAGUUCAAAGAAGCGUUCAGCAUGAUUGACCAAGAUCGCGAUGGAUUCAUCAAGGAUACCGAUCUAAAGGAUAUGUUUAACUCGCUGGGUAAGGAAGAGUCUAACAGUUACAUCGAUGACAUGUUGGGCGAAGCGUCCGGGCCGUUGAAUUUCACCAUGUUCCUGACGCUGAUGGGCGAUAAAUUGAAUGGUACAGACCCUGAGGAUAUGAUCCGAAAUGCAUUCGCCUCGUUUGAUAUGGAUGGCAAGGGAGUACUGAACGAGGAUAAGCUCCGACCCUUAUUGAUGGGAAUGGGAGAAAGGUUCACAGACGAUGAAUGUGAUGAGAUGUUCCGUCUAGCGAACGCUGACGACGAUGGAAACUUCAACUAUCUGGACUUUGUUAAAACAAUUAAACAUGGCGCAAAGGACGACUAAACAUGGAUGACGAGUGAUGAAAUAUAUUUUUCUUAGAAGAAUACAAUGUUUCUUUUCCAUAGCAGUACUAAAUACUCGGAAAUAUGGAUAUUCUACACUAUAACUGUUGUUUUGAAUUUUUUUUCAACUGCUAUUUCUUAGCCUAUGAUUGCAGUCAAAAAUUGAGCCGGAAGAUGGAGUCUUGUUAGAAUGUUAAACUUGUGUUUAAGAUAAGAGAAAAUAAAAAUGUCUUGACA